AUAGCAGUAGUAGACUGUUGUCGAUGAUUGUCAAUCCCUCUUCGAAGAUUUUUGCUCCAAUGCGUCGAUGGUUGCUCGUGUGAUUGUUGAGUCGAUUUGAAUUGAAAUGGUAUGUAUUGUGCGUUGUGUGUGUGGCGAUGCUCGAUGCUGGAAAUGUGUGCGAAUUCGGGUAUGGACGAGAAAGCGAAGAAAAAAAAAAUCUUUCUUUGAGUUGUUCUUUCUUUUCAAUCGUCGUCGUCGCCGCCGCUAAUAUUUCCCUUGCACCAAACAACUGCUCUGAUAGUCUUUCUCUUCUUCUCUUCGAUAUACCCCGGAAUGUAUUCUUCAAUUCGAGACCGAUCGUAGAUUGCACGCGCACACCGACCGUCGACGACACCGGGAAAAAUCGAGAGGGAUCGAAAUCACGACGGAUUAAUUGCAACAAACUCACCUCUAAUCCUGCAGCCCUUCACCAGGAACGCAGCGGGCAAGGGUCGUUGGGUUGGUCGUAAGGAGUUGAGUGCUUGUCGUCGGCUUCCGUUGAAUUUCGCACUGUGGCUCGCUUGUGGAAGUUGCCCUACUACCCUAGUCUGGGAUUGGUUUAGUGUGGUCCCGUGAUGUGAUGAGUAAGCCGCUAGUCGAUGCCCGCUAACUAGCCGAUAAGCGAUAAGCCACUGCGCAAUAGAGCAGGAGACACUAGUCUAG